GUACUCUUGGUUGAAAUGAUUAUUGUCAUUUCAGAAGGAGAGGCUGUAAAAUUGCUGGCUCGAACACUAACCAGUGUUUUGCAGAGCGACGUAACUGACCAGGACACAUCUCGUAAUGAGUCAGAAGUGGAUGAGGUAAAUUGUCCAUCAGCCUCGAGAUUUAAUAACAGUAAUAAGGAGUUAAGUUUACCUCAUCCCCUUGCUGGAUGUGAAUGUGUCAUCUGUUGUCAUUUAACUGCAGAUCCUACAUGCCAAUUAUAUGCUCUCACAACUGAAGGUGGUUCUCUGCUGCCUCCUGGAAGUACCAUUUUAGUCGAAGGAGAAAGAGUAGGAACAGUGUUGUAUUUGGGUCAUGAAAGAUAUGUCACUUUUAAUCAAAGUGCUGUGUCCUCCAUCGCUGUCGAGACUUUGUUAACUCAUGCUGGAUAUAUGCGACCUGUUGGCAUAACUAUGAAGUUAUGGGCACCUGAUCAUGGGGAGAUAUUUGUUCCUUUGAGUGCUGUCAUUUGUCAACUGGAUGAAAACUUGGACCUCCCUCGAAAAGAGAGUUGGUCUAGUUUUGAGUAUGAGUAUGUUGAUGAGGAUAGUGAUGAAGAAUUGGAUUCAGAACUUCAAAAUAGUGUGUAUAGCAAAGAGGGAAUCUCUAAAGGAUUGUGUGCUCAAAGUAAUGAACCCUUGGACAUUUCUCCUAAAGUUAAAAACUCCGUUAACAGAAAUGAAGAGCUUCCUUAUGACCAGUAUUUUAGCAGAUCUCCAAGUGUUUCCUCAUGCUGCUCAGUCAUUUCUCAUAGCUUAGGUGAUUUGUCUGUGUAUGGUUUGGAAUGUGAGGAUGUGGAGUUUGAUAAGGAGGUAACGUUUUGUAUUGAUGAUUCAGUAUCAUCUGAUUGUGCUGAUUCCACAGGUGAUGUGGGCACAGAAGGUAUCCCAGGAAAGUUGACUGAUCCCAAAGAAAUCUUAUCUUCUCAAGAAAGUGUACUGAUGAACACAACUUUCACCAAAAAAGGUAGUGACGAAGACUCAAGUGAAAUUCAAGGAUUUCAUGGCUCUCUUUAUGACACUUGUGACUCUGCCAUCAGUCUUUCUUUUACGAGAAGGCGUCAGUAUUCAGAGGAUAAUAGUGGACCUUCAAGUGUGACUGAGACCGGAAGGGAGUCUCCCCAUUUUGGAGAUACCUGGGACUCGGGCUGCUCCGUAGGAAGGAGCAGGUGCCGCAGUGGCUCCUCAGGCCAUUGUUCUGAUAGUGAAAGUGAAAAUCAUCGGCUGGGACAUAUGUUUGCCAGGAGUUUGGGAGAUGCACUCAAUAUGGUAUUAGAAAAACAUAAUAUACAACGAAACUGGGAUUUUGAAAGUGAUAUAAAUGAUGAAAGUAACACUGACAUAAAUGUGAACACUGAUUUAUCAAGGGACUGCAAGAGAAAUGAACGCGUUCAGGAAUUGCAAGAUUUUUCCUUGGAUACUUCAACUUUAUCUUCACCCAAGUUGCAGAUUAGUGAAAGUAUUCCUGGCCAGUCAGAAGUAUGAAUGCUGAAUACGACAGAUAAGGAGCUUUAAUUGAUUCCACAAAGAUUUUUCUUGAAUCAUAUGUCUAGUAUGAUGAAAAUCAAGUUUCCAUUUUUGAUGAUUGCAAGUAUUCAAGGUAAUUGCAGUAUUUUAAACUUCAACAGUGAGGCAUGCCUUAUACUAUUUUUAGUCAUUUCGAACCUGCACUAUUGUAGCAUAAUUUUUAAAUUUUUUUUUUCUUAUUUUCACAGAAGACAGUUGUUUAUUAUUGUUUUGGUCUAAUAUUUAGACUCGACUGUUUUACUUGACUUAAUAUUCUUCAUAAGUGAAAAGUAAAUAAGUAAAUUAAUUUUCUCCAAAAUACUUAUUGAAAGGGAGAAAAUAACUUAUAUUUCUCUGCACUAGAUUAAAGAUCAGACACUUUUCAGCAUCAUCAUUGGUCAACUUGUUACUCUUUAGUACUCGUUGGAUUUUUGAUAAAUGGAGGUUGAAUUAAAAAUAUUUAAUUAUAUACUACUUGUAGGCAUCGACAUACUUCUAUUUAGCAUUAAAAAUAUCCUAAACUAAGAGUGGUCUGUAAGAUUCUUCAGUUUAUUUCAUCAAUUUUCAUUUAUAGUAUACUGUAUCCUUGUAUGAUUACAGGGUUGUUUUCCCCAUAUAGUGAAUUAUGUUAAUCUUUGUCAUGCAGACAAAUUGCACAUCAAAACUUGAAAAGUAACUGGAAGUCUGUUUGAUUGUAGCAUUAUGUCAUUAUUAGAAAAAGCCAUUUUUGCCGAGAGAGAAUUAGUCUCUCUCUCUUGUCACUAUAUUACACAAUUUGUCAAGUCAUUAGGUAAGUUUAUUAUAGUUUUCCCUCAUUGGUGUACUGUAUUACUCAGUACUCAGUGUUAUAAACAUUUUAAGAUGGUGCUAAAAAGUAGUAAUUAAUUUUGAUAAUUAAAGCAUGAUAUUGCAUGACAUUUUAAGAAUGGUUAUGCUUUCAUGUUGAAUUAUUUAUAAAAGAAGGACGUAUUUAUUUUAAUUUUUGUAGUUGUAGCUUGGAAGAAUUAUUUUGUGUUAAACAAUGAAAAUUGUUUUAUUUUACUUGGAAUAAAAAAUAUAUUAA